AUGGUGCAACGAAACGGCAAGGCUGUUCGUUCCGCCAACGGCCAUGCGACCAGCGACCCCGAUGAGACGAGUCGCCUGCUCCCCAAUGGUCAUGGCCCGGAAGAAGAACGCGACAAGCCGGUGUGGGAUGGCCUUACCGAGUUUGAACACCUUCCGUGGUGGCGCCGACCUUCUAUCUUUUGGUUGAUGGGACCCUAUGCCAUCUUCACCCUCGCCUUUGGCGGCGUCAUCGUCCCCAAAGUCACACUUAUCCUCGACCUCGUCUGCAACAAGCACUUUGCCGACAAGGCCGCCGCCGACCCCAGCUUCCACCCGUCCCCCAUCAUGGGCGCCGACAACCCGCAGUGCAACGACCCGGACGUGCAGAAAAAGGUCGCCGAGUUCAUGCUCGUCAUGAACCUCCUCACCGGCACGCUCAGCGCCAUCAGCGCCCCCAAACUCGGCAAGCUGUCCGACCGCUUCGGCCGGCGGCGGCUGCUCGCCGUCGCCUCGGUCGGCGGCAUCCUCGCCGAGGCCAUAACUAUCCUCGCCGCCAAGUUCCCGCAGGCCGUCGACUACCGCUGGCUCGCCCUCGGCGCCCUCUUCGACGGCCUCACCGGCUCCUUCACCAGCGGCAGCAUCCUCGGCCAGGCCUACGUCAGCGACUGCACCCCGCCCUCGCGCCGCGCCGUCUACAUGGGCUACCUCCACGCCUGCCUCUUCACCGGCAUCGCCCUCGGCCCCCUGCUGGCCGGCUACUUCAUCCGCGUCACCGGCAGCGUCCUCACGCUCUUCUACGUCGUCCUCGUCUGCCACGCCAGCUUCGCCCUCUUUGUCGGCUUCGUCGUCCCGGAGUCGCUAUCCAAACGCCGCCAACGGAUCGCGCGCGACAGCCACAACAAGGAGAAGGCCGCCCGCGCGCACGGCUCCCGGAAGUGGCUCGCGACCAUCCGCAACAGCCAGCCCUUCGAGCCGCUGGCGAUCCUGUGGCCCACCGGCCCCGGCACCUCGUCGCGGCUGCGCCUCAACCUCGUCGCCCUGGCCAUCACGGACGCCGUCAUCAUGGGCUCCAUGAUCUCCAUCGGCGCCGUCCUCAUCCUGUACACCAAGUACAUGUUCGACUGGGACACGUUUGAGAUCUCCAUCUUCGUGUCCGGCCUCUCCUCGAUCCGCGUCAUCGUGCUGCUCGGCGUCUUCCCCCUCGUCAACUACUGGUUCCGCGUGCGGCCGCGCCGGCGCCGCGAGCGCGAGACGGGCCAGGCGUACGUCGAGAAGACGGGCGGCGCGGACAGCGUGGACAUCUGGACCCUGCGCGCGGCGCUGCUGUCAGACACCCUGGGCGCCCUCGGCUACGCGCUGGCCCGCAGCCAGCCGCUCUUCGUCGUCAGCGGCAUGGUGACGGCCGUGGGCGGCCUCGGCAGCGCCACGAUCCAGUCCGCCAUCACGAAGCACAUCCCGCCGUCGUCGGUGGGACAGGUCCUCGGCGCCGUGGGCAUGCUCAAUGCCCUCGCCCGCGUCGUCGGCCCUGUACUCUUCAACGGCAUCUACGCGAUGACUGUCAAGAGCUUCCCCCAGGCCGUCUUUGUCAUGCUUCUCUGCCUGUUCAGCAUCGGGCUGCUUGCCACCCUUGUCGUCCGGCCUCAUGUUGUCUGGGAGCACGAGAAUGAGGCACCGGAACCUCUGCCUGAUGAGACGCCCGAAGCGGCGGCCUUGGCGCAAGAGACUGAACCGCUGAUCGGCUAA